AUGACAACGCGUUCGGCACCCGCCACCACCUACCGACCCAUCGCGCCGCUUCCGCACUCGCCUCGUGCCACUUCACCUUCGUCUCGCUCCACAGCAGGGGACCUGCCCUCUGCGAUUGACUCAAUCCAAGCACGUCUACAGCCCAGCGACACGGCAUCCGUCGCAUCGUCGAAUUCCAACUCCAACUCGUCCUCUUCCACAUCCAAACCUGCUAUGAGGCACGCGCUUCCGCCGAAACCUGUCACCGCCAUGCCUUCGUCCUCGGUCAACGGUUCCUCCGCACCUUCUUCCUCCUCCUCCUCCGCCGCCGCCGCUGCGCAAGCAAACACUGCCAAACGCUCCCGCGUAGACUCCUCUCUCGUCCCGCAGAUCCCCAAAGUACCCAAAACCGCCAUCGAAAAGGAAAACACCCCACGACUCAUCGUCGUGCUCGAACAGGCGUGUCUCGAAACCUACAAGGUAUCCACCGGCUCCUCCUCCUCCUCCUCCCGCGGUCCCUCUGGAAACCGAUCCAAAGACGGUGGAGACAAGUACGCCCUUCUGAACUGCGAUGACCAUCAACGCGUGCUCGCCAAGAUGGGCCGCGACAUCGCCGAAGCUCGCCCUGAUAUCACCCACCAGUGCCUCCUCACCCUCCUCGACUCGCCGCUCAACAAAGCCGGUCUCCUCCAGGUCUACAUCCACACCGCCCGCGGAGUGCUGAUCGAAGUCAACCCGCACGUGCGCAUCCCUCGAACCUUCAAACGCUUCUCCGGCCUCAUGGUCCAACUCCUGCACAAGCUCAGCAUCCGCAGCAUGGGCGGCAGCGAAAAACUCUUGCGGGUCAUCAAGAAUCCCGUAACGGACCAUUUCCCAGCCAACACGCACAAGAUCACGCUUUCGUUCGACAGCCCGGUUCAGAGGUUGGGUUCGUAUCUGCCGACGGUUCCGCAGGGAAGCAGUAUUGCCGUGUUCGUCGGUGCCAUGGCUCAUGGAAAGGACAAUUUCGCGGAUGGAGUGGUGGACGAGAAGAUCAGUAUUAGCGAGUACAGCUUGAGCGCGAGUGUGGCGUGCGGCAAGUUUUGUUGUGCGUUGGAGGAUUUUUGGGGGGUGGUGUAG